ACAACAUGAGAGUAUUAAUAAGUAUUGUUGAAAAUAAUUUGUGUAUGUGCAGUGGAUAUAUGCAAUGUAUGGACACUUCUCAGUAAAGUCUGAUGUCUUUAGUUUCGGUGUGCUAAUGUUAGAGAUAAUAAGUGGACGGAAGAAUAGCUCCUUCGGAAAUGGAGAGAAUAUUGAGAACAUUUCAAGCUAUGCAUGGAAAAAUUGGAAACACGGUAUAGUUUCAAAUCUUGCAGAUCCCACAUUGGAGGCAGGUUCAACAACCGAGAUAAUGAGAUGUAUUCACAUUGGAUUACAAUGUGUUCAAGAAAAUCUAGUUGAUAGACCAACUAUGGCAUCUGUUGUUCUCAUGCUGAAUAGCUACUCUAUUACUCUAUCAAUACCUUCACAACCUGCAUUUUUUAUGAAUAAUGGUACUAAAUCAAACAUUUGCUUGCAAUGCGAGCAUGAUUCAAGGUUGACAAAGUCAAAUCAAUCUAAAAGUAGCUCUGACCAAGCUUCGCUAAAUGAGGCAUCAAUCACAGAGCUAUCUCCUUGCUAAUGUUUAAUGAAUUUGAA